UCUCUCUCCUCCUCUUCCUCUCCUCUCCUCCCUACCCGCCCUGACUCACCCCUCUCCUCCUCCUCCUCACCCCUCAGUCCUGACAGAGACAGAGACUACAACUGGACUACAAAUCCCUUCAUCUCCUCUCCAUUCACCACAGCAGAGCUGCCUCUGGGCGAUGUAGUCCAGACCACCACCUCCCCUCUGACCCCUGAUCGACCUCUACUGGUUACCACGACAACCAGCACCACGACGACGGACAGUGAAUCCCAAUGGCCAGAGACGGACCCAGACACACCCCUGGUCUCACACACACACGCUACACACACUACACACGUCCUCCGAACACACACACCUUUGUUGGACAUGUCACCUACACCUGUCUCACAGACACCUGUACUGUCCUCAACCGCGGUGUCCCCCCCCUCACCACCCAAUCCUAUCCAGGAACACACCACCACUGGGCCUGUCGUACAGACACCUGUACUGUCCUCAACCGCGGUGUCCCGCCCCUCACCACCCAAUCCUAUCCAGGAACACACCCCCACCGGGCCUGUCGUACAGACACCUGUACUGUCCUCAACCGCGGUGUCCCACCCCUCACCACCCAAUCCUAUCCAGGAACACACCACCACUGGGCCUGUCGUUUGGUCCACCCAUCCUGACCAUUCUGUUUCGACCCCGACCCCAACCGCUCUGACCUCUCCCAGGGGUCCGAACACAACUCCCCUCUACCCUGCCGUCACAACCAGUCCUGUGGUCACCACCGCGACACAACCAUCACUGACCACAACACAACCAAUCUCUUCCACGCAGUCAUCCCCCAGGCUCAGGACCACCAGACCCCCACCCUGGCCCGCCCCUCAGCCCAGCCAGGGCAGCCCAUCGGCGGGUACAUCCUCUGUCCUGUCCCCUUCUCCUCUCCACUCCACCAUCAGCUCCACACACAGACCCAGAGUCUACAUCCUGCCUGACCGGCCUGCUGCCAUCAAAGAAGAGUCCAUUGAGUUGCUGCUGCAGGUGAUUCUGGAGGAGAGCAGCUCUGACCUCAACACCAGUCUAGAGGACGACACUGCAGCCUGGGUGGCGCCCUACCUCCAGAGAGCGCCGGGGUUCCAGGACCUACAGGGGGUUUGGAGCAGGUGAUUAUUUACAUUGACAUGAAUUGAGACUGUGUUUCUGAUACACAUUGAUAAUGAAUUGAGACUGUGUUUCUGAUACACAUUGAAAAUGAAUUGAGACUGUGGUUCUGAUACACAUUGAUAAUGAAUUGAGACU